CAAUAAUAAUCAUCCCCGUCUUAUUUGUUAUUAAACCUAAAUAGCUAGUAAACCCGAACUCAAAUAACGAACAUCUCCUCUCCUCUUGAUAAUAUCGCUGGAUUUCACAAACCAACAAUUGCAUGCGUUUUGUUCAUUUAAAGCAUUCAAGAGACUGAGUUGUCCAGCCCAAGUCCAAUCUACAGUAAAGCACGGAUGAGGUGUGCGAAUUUUUACGUGUUGUUGGACAGAAUAUUUCGUGAAUGAACGAGACCAUAAAACAAAGGAUUUUUGCAUAAUCUCGUAGCAGUCUUCAAUAUAGACCGGCCCUGAGAAUUCCCAUCCCACAUAAUUUUCUACCACCCAAUCCUAAGCUAAACUGAAUCUGCAAGCAGAGUACUAUGAAUGGCUGAGUAACUGACUGACCGAGCUGACCUGAAAUGUUUCCAUAGAUUGACCGGAUUGGAGGUUUCAGUGGGCAUCUUCUGGGUCGCGUCGGACCAGGACUCAGGGUCCCAAUAGUCCCUGGGAGGUAACGCAAAUUCCGGAAAAUUUGCAAAAAAGUAUGACUAAAGGCCAACAAAGUGACAUCAUUGACGUAAUGCUUGGCCAAGUGAAUAAUGACGAUCUAGUGCAAUCGACGAUUCGAUUUGGGAAGGAGGGUGGAGCCGAUGGUUUUCAAUUACGUGAAAAUUCGACAUCAAAGUAUUAUUGGGUUCUGAGCUUCCUGGAUGUUGACAUUGACUACGCCCGGUGGUUGGGAUGGCUAUUUACACCGUUUGUCGUGGUCUUUGUACUCCCAGCUUUUAUUCUCAUAUUUCUGUAUCUCAGUUCCCUAUUCUUGUAUAUUUAUAAAUGGCACAGACAUCGACUGCUUGAUGCAUAUGGUCGAGACUUUUGGGAGGCAGCACGAAAAACUCUGGCAGCCUUGUGGGACGCACAAGGGUGGCUUUGGCAUGGCUAUGAAGUUGAUGGUAUUGAUAAUAUCCCCACGGAUGGUCCCGCUUUAAUUGUGUAUUACCACGGUGCAAUACCAAUCGAUUUGUAUUAUUUAAUGUCCAAGUACAUUUUAUACAAAGGAAGACUAAUACGAUGUGUAGGAGAUAGGUUCCUAUUCAAAAUUCCAGGAUGGUCGCUUUUAAUGGAAGCCUUUAAAGUUAUCCCUGGGACGGUGCAAAGUUGUACAAAUAUCUUGAAAGAAGGACAUGUGCUAGCAAUUGCUCCUGGAGGAGUAUACGAAGCUCAAUUUGGAAAUAGCAAUUACCCACUUUUAUGGAAAAGUCGAGUUGGUUUUGCCAGAGUAGCCUUAGAUGCCAAAGUGCCUAUAAUUCCAAUGUUUACAAAAAACAUUCGCGAAGGGUAUCGGUCUCUAUCCUUCGGUUAUAGAAUUUGGAAAUGGUUAUACGCAAAAACCCAUUUGCCGUUGGUCCCUAUUUAUGGGUUCUUCCCUGUGAAGAUGAAGACUUACCUCGGAAAGCCAAUUCCAUACGACCCUGACCAGACUCCAGAGACGCUUUCUGUCCUUAUUUCUCAGUCCAUCGAGAUCAUGAUCAAAGAACAUCAACGCCGUCCAGGAAGUGUGUUGCAUGCACUGAUUGAAAGGUUUCAUGACUCGUCGCCUGGAAAAACUGUGUGACCCUUGUGAACUAUAAUUCUGUCUGACAAACUGUUAGAUAGGUUAAAGGAUAUAAUUUAAGUGUACCAAAUAUUAAAGACCUCGAUCCAAUCUCGAGGAGGGAGCACCACAGAGGUGUUUCGACUUGCCAAUCAUACCGAUGCAAUCCAUGACACAGAAUCUCUCAUUUUUGUUUAUUUAAUAUCUUAUGCAACUAUAAGUCAGGACGGUCACGAGGCGUAUAAAAAUAACUCAUGGUCAAACCAUUCUCAAAACUAAUGCAUACAUGAUAUAAUUAGCUUGAUUAUAUAAAUAUAUACAAGUUACCUUCAGAUAAUCAAGUUACGAUAUAUUCCAGUAUUUUCAAACCUGACUGGAACCAAAUCUACGUUUUUGUAAGGCAAUUUAUUUGAAAGAUUUCCGCUGACGUCAUAGUCAAAUGAAAUGAUUUUUUGGUGUACUAACAGUAGUUUCGCUUGGUGCAUGGUUAUAAAACUUAAAUCACUAAAAUUAAUUGAUUAUUUUGACCUGAAAUUAUUUUAAACGAUUUCUGUGAUACACCAGUGGUAAUAAUUUAAAAUUGGGUAUUAAACGUAAUUGGUUUUGAUUUGUGGCUUUAAAUGUAAUAGUAAAUAUUUCUAGAUAUAGUAAUAAUAAAUAAAUGAUUAUCACUCCCCCUUCAAGAGUGGA